AUGUCUACAGAAGAAAAUAAUUCAAAUGCUUCAACUGUUGAAGCUAAUGAUAUAGCGUCUAAAUUAGAUGAAAAAAAUGAAAUUGAACAACAACAUGGUCCUGCUUUAGUUAUUAACAAACCAUUAUCAACUUAUAUUCCAAUUAUUAUUAUGUGUGUUUUAAUUGCAUUUGGUGGUUUCGUUUUUGGUUUCGAUACUGGUACAAUUUCCGGUUUUAUUAAUAUGACCGAUUUCUCAAGAAGAUUUGGUCAACAACAUGAUGAUGGUACUUAUUAUUUUUCAAAUGCUAGAACUGGUUGUUUAGUUGGUUUAUUUAAUGCUGGUUGUGCACUUGGAGCUUUAUUUUUAUCAAAAAUGGGUGAUAUAUAUGGUAGAAGAAUUGGUAUUAUGUCUACUAUGAUUUUAUAUAUCGUUGGUAUUAUCGUUCAAAUUGCAGCACAAUAUGCUUGGUAUCAAAUUAUGAUUGGUAGAAUUUUGACAGGUAUUGCUGUUGGUUGUUUAUCAGUUUUAUGUCCAUUAUUUAUUUCAGAAGUUUCACCAAAACAUUUAAGAGGUACUUUAGUUUGUUGUUUUCAAUUGAUGAUCACCCUUGGUAUCUUCUUAGGUUAUUGUACUACUUAUGGUUGUAAAAAUUCAUAUUCUGAUUCUAGACAAUGGAGAAUUCCUUUAGGUUUAUGUUUUGCUUGGGCUUUAUUAUUAGUUGGUGGUAUGGUUAGAAUGCCAGAAUCUCCAAGAUAUUUAAUUGGUAAAGAUAGAAUUGAUGAUGCAAAAGUUGCGUUAUCUAGAGUUAAUAAAGUUUCACCAGAAGAUCCUGCAUUAUAUCACGAAUUACAAUUAAUCCAAGCUGGUGUUGAAAGAGAAAGAUUAGCUGGCUCAGCUUCAUGGGCUUCAUUAAUUACAGGUAAACCAAGAAUUUUCGAAAGAGUUUUAGUUGGUGCUUUCUUACAAGCUUUACAACAAUUAACUGGUGAUAAUUAUUUCUUUUAUUAUUCAACAACUAUUUUCAAAGCUGUUGGUUUAGAUGAUUCAUUUGAAACUUCAAUUGUUAUUGGUGUUAUCAAUUUUGCUUCUACUUUUGUUGGUAUUUAUGCUAUUGAAAAAUUAGGUAGAAGACAUUGUUUAUUAAUCGGUUCAGUUGCAAUGGCAAUUUGUUUCUUGAUUUAUGCUUUAAUUGGUACACAACAUUUAUAUAUUAAUGAAGUUGGUGGUCCAACAAGACACCCAGAUGGUGAUGCUAUGAUUUUUGUUACAUCAUUAUAUAUCUUCUUCUUUGCAUCAACAUGGGCUGGUGGUGUUUAUUCAAUUAUUUCAGAAUUAUACCCAUUAAAAAUUAGAUCAAAGGCUAUGGGUGUUGCGAACGCUGCUAAUUGGUUAUUUGGUUUUUUAAUUUCAUUCUUUACAUCAUUCAUUACUGAUUCAAUUCAUUUUUACUAUGGUUUUGUUUUCAUGGGAUGUUUAGUAUUUUCAAUUUUCUUUACCUAUUUUGUUGUUUAUGAAACUAAAGGUUUAACAUUAGAAGAAGUUGAUGAAUUAUACCAAAGUGGUGUUCCAGCUUUCAAAUCUGCAGGCUGGGUUCCACCAACAGAGGAAGAAAUGGCUACAUCUACCGGAUACGCUGGUUAUAAUAAACCGGAAGAAGAACAUGUUUAA